AUGUUGUGCUUGGACGUUCCGACUCAAUGGAACUCCACAUAUAUAAUGUUGGCGGUGGCGCAGAAGUACGAAAGGGUGUUCCAGCGAAUGGAGGUCGAGGAUGGGGGUCUAAGGUAUGCUUUGAUGGAGUCUACUGGGGGGAGAAGGGAACUCGGUGCGCCGGAUGCAGUUGAUUGGGAUCGUGUGAAGUCUUUCAUUGAUUUUUUGAAGUUAUUUUAUGAUACAACUAUGAGGAUAUCUGGAUUCAAAUAUUGUACUGCGAACUUGUACUUCAACAAGCUUUCAAGGAUUCAUGAUCACUUGCAACAGAAUUAUGUUAAUAAGAAGGCUGAAGAGUUUAUUAGAGAGCCGAGAAAGGAUAUUGAUGACUUAUAUGGCCACUACAACAAUAAUAGUCAUCCUACUCCAGCAAGUGGUAGCCGUAGCUCCUCACACUCGACCAGUUCGACAUCUUCUGGUGAUUACACUGCUUCUGCUGCAGCUCUUUCAUCACCAUUGGUGCAGCGAUAUCAUCAAAGGUGUGCAUCGAGGAAUAUUAUGCAGUGUAGAUCUGAGGUUGAACAUUAUUUGAUGGAAGAUGUCGAGGCACCUAGUGAUGCAUUUCAGUUAUUAACUUGGUGGAAGCAUUUAACACUGGAUGCUUAUCGGAGUUCAUUAUCAGCUUCAACUGUGGAGGCCCUCAUUUGUAUACAGAAGUGGCUAUGUGAAAUGCCCAUUAGAGUAGAUAUCAUUGAUCCCGAGAACUAUAGGCUUGAAUCAGACCUACUCGUGAACCCUAGCAUAGUUGCAGAUGAGUGA